AUGCUAUUCCAGAAGGCGUCCACACGUGAAUCCAAGGGCGCCGGGGACGAGCCUGGAGAGAGUCCACUUCAAGGGCCAUCACCACCACCCCCGUACGAAGCAGUCACUACAGCCGCCGUUAUUCCUUCUUCUCUCGGGCGGCCUGCAGAUGCCCUUUUUCGGAAGGCCACUUUUGACCGGACCAAGCUCGUUCUCACCCACAAAGGCAGAUCCGUUCUCUUGGUCUACUACCUCCUGUUAGAAGAAGCGCUUGAUUUCGUCAAGAUUUCAUUCAGGUUCAUAUGCGCUCAGCUUCCGCGACAUGGCGCAGAGGGCACGCCAGCCGCUAACCGCGCCAUGGUCAACGCAGCCGGCAACUACGCAUUUCUGCUGGCUUUACUACACGUCAGCAAACAGUAUAACAUUUCCAAGGGGCGCCUGUCGUUGCCGGUCAACGAGGCGGUGCACGCCAUACGUGAGCAUGUGAAAGGCGAGAUGGUGAAGGAUUUGAUGCAGGGUAACAGAUAUCAAGAACAAAGACACGUGAUGCAACAGCUGGUGGACAGUGUGGAGGGUCAAUUCGUUCGGACUGCGUCAUAUGUAAUCGACGAUCGAUACGAUACUCGGGGAACGAAAAGGGUACGAGACAGCGUCGACACUGGUGAGCUGGAUGUGUGGAAGGUGCAGGAGUGCUGGCGCUUGUUCAAGAGUGUACUUGUCGAGAACUGCGGUGACCUGCUCCCGCCUCCUGGCUUCGACAUAUGGGGGGGCAAAUCCCAGGCUGCGUUACGACGACUCAGUCUGUCAAAAGGUACCUUCUACCACUCCAUGGCUUCAUCAUUUUGGGAAGGUGCUCGAAAUGUACUGUAG